UCGGAUACGCGCAGUCGAGGGAGGGAGAGAGGGGGGAAGCGGGAGCGUGCUUUCCGUGUCUGGUUAGUGGACUGACAGCCAGCUGUGCGGCUACAACGACAACAACAACCUCUUGGAUUUGCUACAUACAUCUAGAUUAGUGUUGGUCUGCUACGGAUCAUAAUCGUACACUAUAGCUAGUUUUUGAAGUGUGGACUCGGCAGCACAAAGCAAAACCAGUACCAUCGGCGGUUUCCGUGCUAACUAGCUAGAAGAGCAUUCCUCCAACAUGAAUCCGUUGUGUGGCAGAUGCAAUCUAGUCGUUUACCCCACGGAAAAAGUGAAUUGUCUGGACAAGUACUGGCAUAAAGGAUGCUUCAGCUGCGAGGUCUGCAAAAUGACUCUAAACAUGAAGAAUUACAAAGGCUUUGAGAAGAGACCAUACUGCAAUGCACACUACCCUAAGACAACAUUCACCUGUGUGACUGACACUCCAGAGAACAACCGCCUCAAACAGCAGAGCAAGAUGCAGAGCCAGGUUCUCUACAGGGAGGAUUUUGAGAAGAAUAAAGGGAAAGGUUUCAGCGUGGUCGCCGACACGCCAGAGAUGCAGAGAAUUAAGAAAUCGCAGAAUCAAAUCAGCAAUAUUAAGUACCAUGAGGAUUUUGAGAAGAAGAAGAUGGGAGGACCGGGCCCAAAUCAGCCAAGCAGCCCCAGUCCAGGAUACCAGCCGCCUGCAGCCUCUCAGAACUUCCACUAUGAGCCCACUCCUGCACCCGUGCAACAGGCGGCCGCCGCCCCGCCUCCCAGCGCAGGGAAGCGGUACAGGGCUGUGUACGACUACUCCGCCGCCGAUGAAGACGAGGUGUCCUUUGUGGACGGAGAUGUGAUCAUGGACGUGCAGCAGAUCGACGAGGGCUGGAUGUACGGCCGCGUGGAGCGCACCGGCCAGCAGGGCAUGCUGCCUGCCAACUACGUGGAGGCCAUCUGAGGGAGAGGGAGAGAAAAAGAGGGAGAGAAAACGGAGGAGGUAGAGAAAGGGAGGGAAAG